AUGAGACUUAGUUUAGCAAAGCUCAAAAGUUUCAUUUUUCUUUCAGAUGCAGCAACUGAACUCCAUGUGUCCAAUUCUAGACUCAGAGAAAUAGAAAGUAUUAAUGCAGCACAGAAGUCAGAAAAUGAGAGACUGAAAAAAGUUUGUAGUGAUUUAGAAGAAAAGCAUGAAUCAGCAGAGCUUCAAAUAAAGCAGUUGUCUGUAGAGUAUCGAAAUCAGCUACAGCAAAAAGAGGUGGAAAUCAGCCAUCUAAAAGCUAGACAGAAUGCACUACAGGAACAGUUGCAGAAGGUACAGACAGCUGCUCAGUCAGCACAAUUGGGAGCUGGUGUUUUGCCACCAACUACUACAUCAGCUUCCUUUGUUCCAGUGGUUAGACAUUCCUCAGGUUUUCAAGAUGAUGACAUGGAUUUUGGAGAUAUAAUCUGGUCACAGCAAGAAAUAAACAGAUUGUCCAAUCAAGUUUCUAGACUUGAAUCUGAGGUCGAACACUGGAAGCAGAUUGCACAGCCUUCCAAAGGGCAAGGAGCAAGUGAUGCAGAACAAAGUGAAAUCUGUAAACUGCAAAAUAUCGUUAAGGAACUCAAGCGGAAUUUAAGUCAAGAAGUAGAUGAACAUCAGCAUGAACUUUCGGUAUUGCAAGAUGCACACAGACAAAAGCUAGCAGAGAUAAGUCGUCGACAUCGGGAAGAGCUGAGUGAAUAUGAGGAGCGAAUUGAAGAACUUGAGAAUCAACUACAGCAAGAUGGCUUAAGCACUGAUGCCACAGAUGAUUCUAAAAUUAGUGAACAGAAAAAGAAUACUCAGGCUCCAGAUGCUGGAAAAGCAGAGGACCUGCAGAUUAUAAGGGACCUAGAAGAUGAAAUACAAAAAUUAAAUCAAAAACUGUCUUCUGCCAGAGAAAAAGAAAGAACUCUUCUGAAGGAACAAGAACUGAUUAAGACCAAAAAUAUCCAAAUAACACAAGAAUAUGAAAGUCUAAAAUCUGAUUUUAGUAAACUUCAAAGUUCUAUUACAGAGCAAGAUGCUCCCUUGAAAGAACAGGAGAAGUUCAUAUCCAAGACAUCACUUCCAGAAGAUGUUGUCAGACUACAGCAAGCACUGUUAGAAGCAGAAAGGGAAAUAGCAAGACUUUCAAGUUUAAAUCAGGUAAACAAUUUUACUGGUAUGGGGAAGGAUAUUCCGGCAUUUAUGCCAGAUGUACAGAUUCUUAAAGAAGAAAAUGUAAAGCUGAGAAAAGAGAAGGAAGAACUUCAGAAGGAACUGACAGAAGCACAACAUAAAACUGAGGAUAUUCUUUCUACAUAUCCUGAUGAUCAGAAUUCAGGAUUAAGUCAGUUAAGACAAGAUUUGGAAAGAAAAGAGCAUGAAUUAAAUGAAAGUAUUGCUGAAAGAGAAACCUUAAUAGCAGAGUUGGAAGAACUGGACAGACAGAACCAAGAAGCUACUCAGCAUAUGAUUACAUUGAAGGAACAGCUGGCAAAACAUACAGAAAUGGAUAGUGCCAUGAAACAGCUGAAAGGUGACAUAGAAUUUGAAAGAAAGAAGGUAUCAAAGCUAGAAAUUGAGAAGAUGGAAGCUAUUAAGGAGUUAAAUAGUCAUAAAGAAAAACUAAGCCAAUGUUCAUCUGCUCUUAAUGAUUUACAUAUAAAUAAGCAGCAGCUUCAAGAUAAUAUUAAAGAUCUACAGGAACAGUUAAGGAAAGCCCAGGACUGUAACUUGCAUAGUAAAAAAGAAAUUACAGAUUUGCAGCAGAGACUAAAAGAGAGAGAGGAGGAACUUUCUGCAUCCUUGAGCAAGGUAACAGAAAAAAAGAAUCAGGAAGCUAACUACAGUUGUCAAGAUCUGAUCCUUAAAGAGAGAGACGUAGAAAUUGCAAAACUACAGAAUGACAUUUCAGAAUAUAAGCAACUAAAUGAAGACUUGGAGAAAUCUGUGUCUGACCUCAAACUAGAAAAUGUAAAAUUGCUAUCAGCCUGCGAAGAACUAAAACAGCAGCUAAGUGACGCGGUUUCGGAGAAGAGUAAAGUUUCAUUAGAAAAGAACACUGUCACGGAGGCUUUGAAAAUGGAAAAGAGGCAACUGGAAACUGAAUUAAGCCAGACGGAAAAACGGCUGUUGGAACAAGCACGCAAGUACGAGCAAACGCUUCAGGAAUUAUCAAAUGCACGUCGUAUGGACACCAGCACGUUGCAGCUUGAGCACGAGCGCUUAGUUAAACUCAAUCAGGAGAAAGACUUCAAGAUUGCGGAACUGAAAAGGAGCAUUGAGCAGAUGGAAGCUGAUCACCAGGAAACAAAAGAGAUGUUGACUACCAGUUUAGGAGGACAGAAGCAGUUGACAGAACUCAUAAAAGAAAAAGAGGUAUUUAUUGAAAAAUUUAAAAAUCAGGCCUUACAGGUGCAACAAGAACUUGAAGAAUAUAUUAAAGAUUCAAAAAAGCAGGAUGUCUUAAAACAAAGCUUAGAAGAAAAAGACAAAAGUCUUGCUGUUAUGAAGGAAGAAAAUAAUCACUUGAAAGAAGAAAUCGAACGUCUUAAGGAUCAACAAAGUAGGUCCCUACCUGUGGUUGAGCCUAAAACUCUAGAUAUUAUUAUUGAACUUGAAAGUGAGGUAACGCAGUUGAAAGUGAUAAAGAAUAAUCUUGAAGAGGAAAUAGAAGUUCUCAAAAAAACAAUAGAAGAUCAGAAUCAAAAAACAGUGCAACUUCAGCAGUCCUUGCAGGAGCAAAAAAAAGAAAUAGAUGAGUCUAAAUUUCAGCGGGAACAAAUGAAUGUUACACAUGAAAGACUUUUCUUGGAGAAAGAUGAGGAAAUAAAAAAUUUACAGAAAACAAUUGAACAAAUUAAAGCUCAGUUGCACAAAGAGAGGCAGGUUAUUCAGACUGAUUCCUCUGAUCUCUUUCAGGAAACCAAAGUUAAGACACUUAAUGGAGAAAAUGGAAAUGAAAAGCAUGACUUAUCUAAAGUUGAAAUUGAAAGACUAGUAAAAGGUAUCAAAGAGAGGGAAAUGGAGAUUAAGCUUUUAAAUGAAAAGAAUGUUUCUCUAAGUCAACAAAUUGAUCAGUUGUCCAAAGAUGAAGUUGGCAAACUCACUCAAAUCAUUCAAGAGAAAGACUUGGAAAUACAAGCUCUCAAUGCUAGAGUUUCCUCAGCUUCCUACAGGCAGGAUGUUCUUUGUCUUCAGCAGCAGCUGCAAGCUUAUGUCAUGGAAAGAGAACAAGUGCUAGCGGUUUUAAGUGAAAAGACAAGAGAAAACAGUCAGUUAAAAACAGAGUACCAUAAGAUCAUGGAUAUAGUAGCUGCUAAAGAAGCAGCUUUAGCAAGGUUACAAGAAGAGAAUCAAAAGCUAUCCAGUAGAUUUGAAAACAGCAGUCAAGACAUGUUUAGGGAAACUAUUCAGAAUUUAUCCCGUAUCAUUCGAGAAAAGGAUAUUGAAAUAGAUGCUCUAAGUCAAAAAUGCCAAACCUUGCUGACUGUCUUGCAGACAUCCAGUACAGGUACCGAACAUGGGUCGGGAGGUGUUAACAGUAACCAGUUCGAGGAACUUUUGCAAGAACGUGAUAAAUUAAAACAACAAGUAAAGAAAAUGGAGGAGUGGAAGCAACAGGUGAUGACCACGGUUCAGAACAUGCAGCAUGAGUCAGCUCACCUCCAAGAAGAGCUACACAAACUUCAAGCACAAAUUUCAGUUGAAAGUGAUAGUAAUUCGAAGUUGCAGUUAGAUUACAGUGGCUUGAUCCAGAGUUACGAACAAAAUGAGAAAAAGCUGAAAAGUUUUAGCCAGGAGUUGGCACAAGUGCAACAUAGUAUAGGACAGCUACAUAACACCAAGGAUCUCCUCCUGGGAAAACUUGACUUGGUAACACCAUCUGUCACAGUAGCUGCUUCUGCUAUUUCACAGUCUUCGGGAGUUCAGCACAGUGUUGCUGAAGUGCUCAGUGAUGAAUCUAAACUCCUUCAGAAGGAACUGGAACAACUGAAAAAAAAGUUGCAAGAUAAAGAUGCAACUAUUAGGACUCUUCAGGAAAACAAUCAACGAUUAUCUGAUUCAGUGGCUACAGCAUCAGAGCUUGAGAGAAAGGGCCAGGAAGAAAAUGAUUCAGAAAUGCGGCAGAUCAAAGAAAAACAUGAUGUUUUACAGAAGUCACUUCGGGAAAAAGACAUACUGAUUAAAUCUAAAAGUGAUCAGUUACUUUCUGUGAGUGAAAAUCUUAGUAACAAAGAAAAUGAAAAUGAGCUUUUAAAACAAGCUGUGACUAAUCUUAAAGAAAGAAAUCUAAUUUUAGAAAUGGAUAUUCGAAAACUGAAAGAAGAAAAUGAAAAAAUAGUUACAAGGUGUACGGAAAAAGAAACAGAAUUCCGGGCACUUCAGGAGACUAAUAUGCAGUUCUCAAUGAUGCUGAAAGAGAAAGAAUUUGAAUCCCACUCAAUGAAAGAAAAGGCUCUUGCUUUUGAAAGUCUGUUAAAAGAAAAAGAACAGGGCAAGACAGGGGAGUUGAAUCAACUGUUAAAUGAAGUUAAAUCAAUGCAGGAAAAAGCUGUUACCUUUCAGCAAGAGAGAGACCAAGUCAUGGUAGCCCUCAAACAGAAGCAAAUGGAGAGCAGUGCCCUGCAGAAUGAGAUGCAGCACCUGCGUGAGAAAGAACAGCGCCUAAACCAGGAACUGGACAGGCUGCGAAAUCACCUUUUGGAAAUGGAAGACUCUUACACACGUGAAGCUUUAGCUGCAGAAGACAGAGAGGCCAAGCUGAGAAAGAAAGUCUUCGUUUUGGAAGAAAAACUGGUAUCCUCAUCUACUGCAGUGGAGAAUGCCAGUCAUCAAGCUAGUAUGCAGGUUGAGUCUUUGCAAGAACAAUUGAACCUGGUCACCAAACAGAGAGACGAAACUGUGCUGCAGCUGACCAUCGCCCAGGACCAAGUGAAACAGUAUGCACUGUCCCUGGCCAACCUGCAGAUGGUACUAGAGCAAUUCCAACAGGAAGAAAAGGCCAUGUAUUCAGCAGAGCUGGAAAAACACCAGAAACAGUCUUCAGAAUGGAAGGAAAAAGCUGAGAAGUUGGAAGAAAAAGUUGCAACACUGCAGGAAAAUUUGGAAGAAGCAAAUGCUGCACUGGAUGCAGCAUCGAGGCUUACUGAGCAGCUGGACUUCAAAGAAGAACAGAUUGAGGAGCUUAAGAAAGAAGGUGAGGUUAGAAGAGAAAUGCUAGAAGAUGUACAAAAUAAACUAAUGAAUCUUGUCAACAGCACAGAAGGAAAAGUGGACAAGCUCCUGAUGAGAAAUCUCUUCGUUGGACACUUUCAUACUCCAAAAAAGAAGCGUCCUGAAGUAUUAAGGCUAAUGGGAAGUAUCUUGGGAAUAAAAAAGGAAGAACUUGAUCAGUUGUUAUCUGAAGACCAAAGAGGAGUUACCAGAUGGGUGACUAGCUGGCUUGGAGGAGGAGCUGGAUCAAAAAGUGUCCCUACUACACCUUUGAGACCAACUCAGCAGUCCAUUUUUAAUAGUUCUUUUUCAGAAUUGUUUGUGAAAUUCCUUGAGACAGAGUCUUGCCCAAGUCUUCCUCCACCAAAGCUCUCCGUUCAAGAUAUGAAACCUUUAGGAGUAGCAGGAACCAGUAAAACUAUCAGUACUCCAUCCAGCGGGCAAAUACACGGUAACAUUUGAAGGAGAAUUUGUA